GCACCGCAGUGCAAGGGGAGCUGAGGGGCCGAGGCGGCCGCCACAACUAGGGCGCCUCGGAGCGCCCAGGGCUGGUGCGGGCGGAGCCGCCCGCCCGGCCGCGUGUGUCCCAAGCCUCGGCCCCGCCCCGCGCCGUCCAAUGAGAGCCCGCGGCGGGAGGGGCUGUCCGCACACUCAGUCCGUAGCCCCACUCAGCGCCGCCGACCCCCUGACACCGCAUCCCAGCCCGGACAGCGCGCCCCAGACCCCGAGCUCUGCGCGCCGCCGUCGGCUUCCGGACACCGCUCCCUGCGCCCCUUUCUGGGACUUGACGCCCGCGCUCCUGCACUGUAGGUGCCCCUAGGUCUCCAGCCGCCGGCGAGCCCUAUGGCGCCCCGGGGGGGGUGAAGUAGUAGCGGCCUGAGUACCCUCAGCCGGUGCCCCGUCCACGCCCCUCCGGGCCGCGCGGCGGGAGUCUUCGGGGAGCUAUGCUGAGGCCGGGUGGUGCGGAGAAAGCCGCGCAGCUGCCCCCUCGGCGCGCCCGCGCCCCAGUCCCCGCGCCCAGACCCACGGCCCCCGACGGCUCUCGGGCUUCCGCCCGCCUAAGUCUUGCUUGCCUUCUGUUGCUGCUGUUGCUGCUGACGCUGCCGGCCCGCGUAGACACGUCCUGGUGGUACAUCGGGGCACUGGGGGCUCGAGUGAUCUGUGACAAUAUCCCUGGUCUGGUGAGCCGGCAGCGGCAACUGUGCCAGCGUUACCCAGACAUCAUGCGCUCGGUGGGCGAGGGUGCCCGAGAGUGGAUCCGAGAGUGUCAGCACCAGUUCCGCCACCAUCGCUGGAACUGCACCACCCUGGACCGGGACCACACUGUCUUUGGCCGUGUCAUGCUCAGAAGUAGCCGGGAAGCAGCAUUUGUAUACGCCAUCUCAUCAGCAGGGGUGGUCCAUGCUAUCACUCGUGCCUGUAGCCAGGGUGAACUGAGUGUGUGCAGCUGUGAUCCUUAUACCCGUGGUCGACACCAUGACCAACGUGGGGACUUUGACUGGGGUGGCUGCAGUGACAAUAUCCACUAUGGAGUUCGCUUUGCCAAGGCUUUUGUGGAUGCCAAGGAGAAGAGGCUUAAGGAUGCCAGAGCUCUCAUGAACUUACAUAACAACCGCUGUGGUCGCACGGCUGUGCGGCGCUUUCUGAAGCUGGAGUGUAAGUGCCAUGGCGUGAGUGGCUCCUGUACUCUGCGCACCUGCUGGCGUGCGCUCUCAGACUUCCGCCGCACAGGUGAUUACCUGCGGCGGCGCUAUGAUGGGGCCGUGCAGGUGACAGCUACCCAAGAUGGUGCCAACUUCACAGCAGCACGCCAAGGCUAUCGCCGUGCCACCCGGACUGACCUUGUCUACUUUGACAACUCCCCAGACUACUGUGUCUUGGACAAGGCUGCAGGUUCCCUAGGCACUGCAGGCCGUGUCUGCAGCAAGACAUCCAAAGGGACAGACGGUUGUGAAAUCAUGUGUUGUGGCCGAGGGUAUGACACAACUCGAGUUACCCGUGUCACCCAGUGUGAGUGCAAAUUCCACUGGUGCUGCGCUGUGCGGUGCAAGGAGUGCAGAAACACUGUGGACGUCCAUACUUGCAAGGCCCCCAAGAAGGCAGAGUGGCUGGAUCAGACCUGAACGUAUAAAUACCUCACUCAUCCCUAUACUUCAAACCUCCUGACUCAAAAGCACAAGAUCUUCGCAUGCACACCUUACUCCACCUUCAACCUCGGGCUGCUACAGCUUUUAUUUAAGGACUUUGAGAGUACUCCAGAGGGGCUCCGGUGUCCUAGCUGGUUCCUUGGCCCUGGGAAGAAGUUGACAGGGGAUGUAAAAGACUGAGCAGCUCCCCGACUCCCCACUCUGGAGGUUAGCAGGGAGAGUGGAAGAAGUAGGGGUCUUCAGAGUGAUUGAGUUGCACUAAAGCACGUGGUCAAGGCUUAUUUUUUCUUUCCCUUGCACUGGCUUCCUGACACUUCUUUUUUGUGCAAGAGAAAGGGUACCUGGAGAAAACUUUUUUUUCCUACCUGGCUAAGGGUAGAUGGGACAGAGAUGAAACCACUAUCUCUUCCCUGGGUCAGUCUGAGCUAACUGCCUGGGACUCCAAAAGAAACUCUUAGGCCGCAACAUUCUUCCCAUAUUAAGAGCCUGGGAUUGCUAGGUAAGAGUUAGCAAUAGUGGACAAGGUUCCAGUCACAUGCUCAUUCAUAUGUUUAUAAACUGCUGUGUUUUGUAGGAGAAAAAAAUUAUAUAACUAUACCAAUAUACAUUUUCUCCCAA